UGCCCUGCGAAGGAGGAGGAAAAACCUUCUGUCAAGCUCGCUUUCCUCUCCUAUGCUCCAACUAGUCCCCAGCUGAGGGUGUCCUGGUGCACACCAGCAAUUGCAGUCUGGCCGCACACACCUGUGUGCAGUGACCCAUGUGAGGAGCCUUCCCCACACCAGGAAGAGUGCCACGUCCACCUCCUGUUCUCCUCCUCACAGCCACCCCUCCCCACUGGUGUGGCAGUGCAUGGCAUGGCCAGCGGCUGGGGCCUGAGGGCAGGGGCAUGGACAUCAUCCCAGGCACAUGGAACGCAUCCUUUGGGGCACCGGGUGCCGGGAGUGGGUCCCUGUCUGGCCCCUGGUACAGCACACACAAGACUCAACUCUUGGGAGUUUUACUUGCUGCUGCUUCAAAUUUUCUUAUCAGUGUCUCUUUGAAUAUACAGAAAUGCGCUCAUCUCCGACUGGUUUGCCAAGCAGAGCAGAAGCCCUACUACACGAGCAAGCUCUGGUGGUGUGGGAUUACCCUCCUGGGGCUUGGAGAGCUGGGCAAUUUCACAGCCUAUGGAUUCGCCCCCGUUACUCUUGUCGCUCCACUGGGAUGUGUUUCUGUUAUAGGUAGUGCAUUUAUUUCUGUCUUUUUCCUAAAGAAGACCAUGAGGACUGCUGAUAUAUUGGGAGGAGCACUGACAAUAACAGGGACAUACUUGUUGGUGACAUUCGCUCCAAUCGUACCUCAAGAGCUCACAGCAAGACAAGUGCAGAAUUACUUAGUGAGCUGGCCUUUUUUGGCAUAUUCAAUUUUAGAAAUUAUAAUAUUCUGCAUCCUCCUCUAUUUUUACAAAAGAAAGGCUGUGAAACACAUCGUGGUUUUGUUAAUGAUGGCAGCUCUACUGGCAUCACUGACUGUCAUUGCUGUUAAGGCUGUGUCCAGCAUGAUAGCACUUUCUGUGAAGGGGAAAAUGCAGCUAACUUACUCCGUUUUCUAUGUCAUGAGCGUUUUAAUGGCAACUUCUUGUGCUUUCCAAAUCAAGUUCUUGAAUCAAGCAAUGCAUCUGUAUGAAGUAACAGCAGUUGUCCCCAUUAAUUUUGUGCUCUCCACCUCCAGUGCCAUCAUUUCAGGGGUCAUAUUUUAUCGGGAAUUCCAAGGUGCAGCUUUACUGAGUGUGUUCAUGUUUCUGUUCGGGUGUCUCCUAUCUUCCCUUGGUGUGAUUAUAAUUGCAAGAAAUAAAACAGAGAAGCAUUUACAAAUUCCUUUUAUUGACUGUGGACACAUUCCUGGACAAAAACUGACAGGCAAAAUACAACCAGGUUCUCACAGUUCAUGCUAUGGCACACUGAAAAAGGAAGAUGACUCAGUGAAAAGGCAAAGCUGAAAGAAGAAUGUGCCAGUUAACAAGAGGAACACCACUGGAACAAGGAUCAGUAGCACCUUUUUAUUGAGCAUGUUCAAGUAUACAUUGAACUUCUUUAUGUUGAUGAGUCAUAGUAUUAUUUAAUACUAAUUAAUUUAUCCCAUGAUUGUACCAAAUGUAAUCUAAAGAUAAAGGAAGCCUUAACAUAAACCAAAUAACCAUUAAUAAAAUGAAAUAUUCUCCUAGUAUUAAUGCCUCUUGAGGACAUUUUUAGAGUUUUAAUUGCUUUUAAAUGCAAUGAGCACAGAACAGGAUUAUAAAAAUUCCCCUUUGGAGCUCCUUAGAUCUGUGUCAAAGUUUAAAGACAAAGGUGAGAAAUUAGAAUAUUUCUAAGUGACUUCCAAGUAUUCUGCUAUACAUAUAAUCCCUUUUUAAACCUCUUCUAUCCUGUUCAGGAGUCAAAACUGUAUGCAUAUAUGCAGUAGACACCAACAGGUACACAAAAAUAAUUUUGUAUUGUGUGUAGAAGAGCAAUCCUGAUUAUCUCCUACCAUCAGAUUAAUUCUCUUCCAAGAAAAUCAGUCCUCGUGUGAGGAGUGGGAAGGUAGUAUUUGCCAUAAACACAGGCACAUGGGCACACGCACACAUUCGAGGUGCCCAGCCAAGGCCUAUAUUAAGGGUAUAGGGUACUAUACCUGACAAUUUACAUCCUUCCAGAGGAUUCCUGAAAGGACUGGGCUGGGCUCUGUGAUCAGUUAGACAGAGUCUGGUCUGAGUUUUCACUUCUGUUUUCAGCAAAAUAAGAAAAUGCAUGUAUUUUCAGAGGAAGCGGGGUAGCCAGGGUCCCUCUCUUGGUAUGUCUUGGGAAAAUACCCCUAAAAAGGUAGGGCAACUCCUGUUACCACUGGUAAUUCUGUAUGAGGAAAGGCUGUAAAGAAUAGGACCACAAAGAGUCACAGUAACUGUACAAUUUCCCCUUCAUUAAUGAUUGUCUCCACAGUGAUUUGAAGAGCCAGCAGUGAAGGGAACAAUGACAGUACAGGCUUUGUGUUCACAUUUGGUGUCUCUCCACCCCAGUGUCCCAUCAGAAAAGCUUCUUCUAGGCAUUCAUCAUGGAUGUACUUUUCCCUGUGUGUGAGGGACUUGCCUGUCCCUCAGGCAGCACAGUGAGGAUUGGUCACAUCCUCUGCAUAAACAAAAGAAAGUGCU